UGCGACAGCACUACGAUCUUCGAUAACUUUUCAAACAUAAUUUUUUUUAUAAACCGUUCAAAAGUGCAUAUUUUUUCGCAAUGAACGCUUCGGAAUAUGUAAUUGGAGGUCUGGCGGCCAUGGGUGCGACAACUUUCACCAAUCCCAUCGAUGUCGUCAAAACACGCAUACAGCUACAGGGUGAGUUGGCGGCGCGUGGCACCUAUGUUGUGCCGUACAAGGGUAUUUUGCACGGUAUGGUUACGGUGGUACGUAACGAUGGUUGGACGGGUUUGCAGAAGGGGCUGGUGCCGACCAUGUACUUUCAGUUCAUCGUAAAUGGUGUGAGAUUGGGCAUCCAUACCAGUGCUGCGAAUAUGGGUUGGACCCGCAAUAGAAAUGAUGAGGAGUCUUUCGGCUUGAAUCUGUUCUGGGGUGCCGCCGGUGGUGCGGUGGGCGCGUACUUUUCCAGUCCAUUUUUCAUGAUAAAGACUCAACUGCAAUCGCGCGCAUCGAAGCAAGUCGCCGUCGGCUAUCAGCACGAACACACGGGCAUGCUAUCGGCGCUACGCACAGUCUAUCGACAAGGCGGUAUCUCUGGCUUAUGGCGCGGCUCUACAGCUUCCAUUACGCGUGCCUCAAUCGGUUCCGGCACUCAAUUGGCGACAUUCGGUCCGAUCAAGUCAUUUCUGCGUGAGCAUAAUCUGAUUGUAGAGCCAGCCUUGAAUUCGCUCUGUGGUGGUUUCAUUGCCGGUUGUUGUGUAACUGUGGCCAUGACGCCGGCGGAUGUUAUGAUGACACGUAUCUACAAUCAGGGUUUGGAUGCGAAUGGUAAGGGUCUCUUGUACAAUGGUUGGUUGGAUUGUUUUAUGAAGACCGCCCGCGCUGAAGGUCUUUAUGGACUGUAUAAAGGCUUCUGGGCGAAUUAUGUGCGCUUAGUGCCGCACUCGGCAUUGACGUUGUUCUUCUUCGAUGAACUUAUGACGCUCAAAAAUAGAUUAGGUAUUACAUUCUAGUGUCUUUGAAGAAUGUAGAAAACUGGACGAAUAAAAUAAUCUCAGUAACAAA